AAGUCAGCUUAGUCAGUGUGCUUUCGGUCGUUCGAGCGUUAAUUGUGCGUUCGCUUUGUUCGAAAAGUUUCCUCAAUUUUUACGUUACAAACGCAAACAAAAACCGAGACUUUCACAUCCUUGAGGGUGUCCGUGUUCGCGAUGGCUUCGUCACGGAAAAAACAGGACGAGAGCAACCUGAAAACGCUAAGGGAAUUGGCCAGUUUGGCCCAAAAUAAAUUUUGUUUCGAUUGCGGCCAGAGGGGGCCCACGUACGUGAACGUUACCGUAGGGUCGUUUGUCUGCACGAAGUGUUCUGGAAUUCUACGAGGUAUUACGCCACCACACCGAGUAAAAUCGAUAUCGAUGGCCACUUUCACACCAGAAGAAAUCGAUACCAUCAAAAAUAAAGGAAAUGCCUACUGUAAAAAAGUAUGGUUGGGACUUUACGAAGGUACACCGCCCACUUCUACAGACGAGCAAAGUGUUAGGGAUUUUAUGUUGGAAAAAUACGAAAAAAAGAGAUACUACUUAGAAAACAAGUCAGCCAUGACAAAACCAGAGGUGCCAAACACCCGACCUUGGAUCUCGACUCCCUCGAACGGCAAUAGUCCCAAAUUAAAUGGAAUGCGAAACGGCGUUUUGAAAACCAACUCGAACAACAAUAUUACAAACGGUACCAGCAGAAGUCGACCGGAGGUGAAAAACCCCCACCAGAAUGGCGUUAAGAAUAAUAAUUUAGGGAAUUUCGCUGUAGAUUUUGAUAAGGCCGAUAUUUUUAGUAACAUCUCAACAUCUAGUAAUAGUUCAUCACAAAGCUUCGCCGAUUUUGAACAUAAUCAAGUUUAUAAUGCCAGUAAUAGUAAUGACCAUGAGGACGAGUUUAGCAUAUUCGACCUGCAAUUCUCCAGCUUGGGGCCGACUUUGAACCGGGUGCCCUUAUUCCCCAAGUGUCCCCCCACGAAUCGAUGGAGUAUGCCAGCCUUAGGGUCUCCAAAUCCCUGGAUUACUCAGUCGCAAAACGGUCUCCUCCCAGUUCAAAACGGCGUGAACCAUUCAAUGCAAAAUGGGAUUAAUCAUCCGACUCCGAAUGGCGUGCUCCCGGUUCAAAACGGUCUCUCCAAUGCCCCGGUUGAAGAUAAAUAUGCCGCCCUAAAGGAUCUGGAUAACGAAAUGAAGCAGCAGCAACAGCAGGAUGUUUGGUCCACAACUAAUACGGGAUCUACAGGAUCGCUAUACAGUUCUUCAACGCCGAACACCGGAUCCGCUUACGGUUCGCCAUCACCACAAGGAUCUAUUUUCGGUUCUCCUAGUCAAGGUCAGUUUAUGAGCUCGUUUGCAAAUCUUCAACCGGACACCGCUCCAGCGGUACCCAAUCCGUUUGGUAACAACCAAUGGCCAGUAGCCAACGGGUUUAGCAAUGGUAUGAAUGGCAGUCAGGGAUUCGCGAAUCCAUUUAACGAUCAACCAGUGAAGAUUAAUGGGUUUUCGAAUGGGUUUCAGCCGAUGUUUCCCAGUAACGGGUUGAACCAUAGUGGAUGGGGAGGAAAUCCUUUUAAGAUGGGAGCAGUAGCCACAUCGAUGAACCCAAACAACCCAUUUUUAUGAAACCUAAGAUAGCGACAUUUUAGUUUAACACAGAAGUGAUUUUUUUUUGAAUUUUUUAUUCCCCGUAUAAAAGAGAGGAUUAGAAAUGAAGCCGUUUUGUUGUCUCUCUUAUAUGCUUUAAGAGCUCAGAACAAAGAUACUAAUACGUAGUUAAGGUUAAUCGUGAAAUGUAAUUUAUUCUUAUACGUUGUACUGAUGUAUAUUUUUUUAUUAUUGUUUAUUACGUUAAAAUUUGUAUAUUUAGGUCCAGUUUUUCGCCUUAGUAGCUUCUAACGCUUCAUUAUCUUUGCUGUAAAUUAUGCCAAGUUUAUAUAUAUAUUUGUAACUUCCCAUCUGUUUCUAUACUUUAAAAAUGAUGGGUAAGCAAAGCGAAGCUCAAAAUCUACAGGAUGAUGGAUUUUGGUACCAAAGUUGACCAUUUUUAUUUGUUAAUUUUUUGAGAUAAGUAGGAUCGUUUUUUAUGUAUUGUAAUAGAUGUAGAAUCUCGUCGUUAAGUUUUAGCAUAACUUUCAGGGUGUCCUAUGAUUUUUGUCAGAGUUUUAACUUAAUAACCAUGAAGGCUGGAUUGGUUGCCUAAAAAUUCAAAAAAUAUAUAUACAAAGCUUGAAGAUAUAGGACACCUUGUCUACUAGCAUAUAAUCAAAAUUAUAUCUAUUUUAAAUAUAACGGUGAUCUAAUUAAGGUGGCCUUCAGAUUGUAGUUUUUUCUAGGAUGAUAUGGACUUUUUACUGGAUGUGAAUUAGAUUUUUGAUAAGAUAUAUAUUUGAAAAGGACGCUUUAACCUCUGUAACUAUAUUAAAUCCGCCUAUAUGUAUUUUCAAGAUGUUCUGUGAUAAAUCGAGAAAAAGUGUGCUUUAGAAAGAGAAAUGGCCCUUGAAAAUAUUUGUUUAAAGCUUGUCAAGAAACUAAUUUUAUAUAUGGCUCCAAUCAAAUUUUUGAGUACAGCCUAAAUAAUUUCACAUUGUUGCACACUUGUAGAUGCGUUGAGCCUAAAAAAAAAAUGAAAAUCAAUCAGUGCCGUCCCGGUUUUCAAUCUUUAGCAGACACAAUAAUAUUACAAUUUAAAUAUAUAUUUACAUAAUGUAGCUUUUGAACAAUAUUUAUAUUGCACAAUUAGUUUGUGUUGUAAGUUUUUUUGCGUAUUUUGUACAUACUAUAUUAUAUUUCAUUGUGGAAUAUAUGAUUUAACGUUUUAAUAACACA